AUUGCGGCUGUCAUUUUGCAAAAACAACGCCGGUUCCACUAAUUUUCCGUGAUUUUUCCCAUUUAAUUGCACUUUAUUGAGGUGAAAAUGGUCCGAGGAGGACUACGAGGACGUGGUGCAAUGAGAGGUGGUGCAGUGAGGGUGCCCUUCAAGAAAACCUUCGUACCGCGCCACCCAUUUGAUCUCACCCUUGUCGAUUUGGCUUUUCCAAAGGUUGUAUCAUUACCGGAUGACUCCGCCCUUACUGCGGCUCUUUUGAAGCGCAAUCAGGACCUCUGUCCGGCUGCAGGGGAGCAGACAGCCAUUGCGAAUCUUGUGGCAAAGGUUCAGGGAGUUCUUGACAACCUCGUGGUAGCUCCGGGGGAUUUUAAUACCUGCCAACUGGAUGAGGUUCGUCAGGUUGGAUCAUUCAAGAAGGGCACAAUGAUGACGGGAAAUAAUGUAGCAGACAUUGUGGUGAUACUCAAGACACUCCCCACGAAGGAAGCUUGUGAGGCUCUCUCCCGGAAAGUGGAGGAAGACCUCAAGACAGCCAUGAAGACGGAAGUUGUGACGAAGGCUGAGGCUUUGAGUACGAGUUUGCACGAGAAGGGUUUCGACAUUGCAAAUCGUGUGGCUAAAGUGCGCGUCUUGAUUGCAACUCUGCCCCAGAACAUCCGGAAGCUGGAACCGGAGACUCAUCUUGACGCCAAAGUCAUGCAGAGCCAUUUAGCUGCUAUUCGGCACAUUCGCUGGUUUGAGGAGAAUGCCCAUCAUUCCUCCAUCAAAGUUCUCAUCCGGAUUUUGCGUGAUCUCACCCAGCGCUUCGAUGGCUUCGCUCCCAUGUCUCCGUGGACGCUGGAUCUCCUCGCCCAUUUGGCCAUCAUGAACAACCCAAGUCGUCAAGCAUUGCCCAUCAAUCAGGCAUUUAGGCGAGUCUUUCAGCUUCUCGCAUCCGGACUCUUCCUGCCUGGCUCCGCUGGCAUCACUGAUCCCUGUGAAGUGGGGCACAUCCGUGUGCACACAUCCAUGACACUUGAGCAGCAGGAUGUGUGCUGCAUGACGGCCCAAACUCUCCUCCGGGUACUCGCUCAUGGGGGCUACAAGCACAUCUUGGGACUCGAGGGGAAUGCCAGUAUUGCCAGCGAGAUGAGUGUUUGGGAUGGAGUUGUCGUGUCGCCCAUGGAGAGAGUCUAUGAGAAGCCCUCGGAGAAGAAAGACGGCGAAGAGGAAGAGGACAUGGAGGGUGUCGAAGCGGAUGGAGAUGAUGACGGAAUGGAGUAAGGAAUCUCCUGAAUGGCUUUCUUGGCUUCUUAUCUAUCUUAUUCAAUAAAUAUUGUGAAGUAAAAAAAAAA